AUGCGAAAAAAGAAAUCUUCUGCAGUCUUUCUUGCGAAAAGUUGCGGUGCUGUCGCUUCUUUGUGGAAGCGCGGCGGGGUCACGAGGGAGGCGUCUGCGAGAAGCGGGGAUGCGUUCUUUUCUUUUUUCCUUGACAACCUUCAUUUCUCUUUCUUUCUUGACGUGGGAGGUUUCCUCCCACCAGCAACUUCUCCUCUGCCGCUUCCCUUCUCUCGCUUUUCUUCCCUCGCUUUCUCCCUCCUUCCUCCCCGCCCUAUCCCCUGUCUCGGGUGUGCUCCCGCGACAUCGCGUUCGGCCAGCGUUCGAGCCUCCGCUGCCUUCGCUUCGAAGAACGCCUUUCCUUUCAGUUUGCUUCUCGAUUUCUUCUUUCUUCUUUGCAACGUCGCAAACGCCCUCCUGCGGAGACGCUCGCGCGCGCGGCAACUCAACAGCGGCUCGCGACUCGCGAGAGCACCCGCGGCACAAAAUUGA